AUGAAAAUAAGGAUUAUACUACAUUUGUUACUAAGCAUAUUCAUUAUUGUGUAGAUGAUAAGACACUCAAAUAUAAAACCAGCUAAACCAAUUACUUAUCCAGAAGUAUUUGAUAAUCAUACUAUAAACCAAAACAAUUCUGAUCUGAAAAUAAUAACAAAAUUUUAUGAUAAAUAGCUGAUGAUAUAAAAACUUUCAUAUCCUGAAAAUGUUACUGUCGAAAUCUAUCAAUCCUCUGUAUCUAUCAUUUUUUAUUUAGAAUUUUCAUGUUAAUCCCAAAAUUUUGAUUGAUGAAGCGUAAUUUUCCAUUACAAUGAAUGGAGAUUUUUAUAAUUUUCAUGAAUCAGAAAGUCUUAAAAUAAAGUUUACGAAACCAUAGAUUGUUAACUUAUUUCUAAUUCAUAUCAAAGUGAAUUAAUUUGAUUACUAGAAUUUUUAUAAUAGUGAUAUUGAUAUAUUUUAAGUGAAAAGAAUUAAAAUUUAUGGAACUUAUAGAAACAAAGAAUUUUUGUUACUAAAUAAACAAAUUUUUAAAAGAAACGAUAGAGACAUUUAUUUCAAAAGUUCGAAUAGUAGAAAAUAUUUAAAGGUAUAUAUAGUUUGUAAAUUUUCAUUAUGUGAAAAUGCAUAUCGAAGUUAUCGAUUACAAUUUAUAAGUGCAACUGAUUAUAUUCAAAUAUACCCAGUUACUUUAUAUUAAAUAAAUGAUAUUGAACUUUUAUAAAUUGGUAGUGUCAUGAUAUGA